CCCACUACUUAGUAAGAACUCCUUAACAACUUAAAGCUUUAUCCCUGUGAGUACCAGAAAAGUGAUCUGAGUAUUUAUUGAGCAGGGAGAACAAACUGCUUGCUCCAGGCAGAGAGAAAGCUUAUGGAAAUGAUAUUAGACCUUCAGCAAAGUGCACAGCUGCAUCAUACAGAAGCUGAGACUCAAACUGACAGGCAAAUAAGCCAGAUCACGGAAGGGGCCUCUGUGUGGCAGCUCUGAGCUACCAAGUGUUGGACAACUAGGCAAAAAGUGCAAUGGAACAGGGCAGAAAAUAACACACUAACUUCAGGCAACUGUUGCUUAUUCAUGGACUGGAACGAAACGUUUUCUAUAGAUGUCAGCUUCUGUCUACUGUGAUGCUCCAGUCUGAGUGAUGCCUUGUUCAGCACUGAUUAGUACUGGCAAAGGAGAGCAGCUUCUCAGAAUGAGUCUGCAGUCGCACGGCUGGUGGUGUGGCACAGACGGAGCAAGGGUUACAUCAAGGCUGUUCUCUGGACCGUGCAAACAGUCUAGACCAAUGACCUGCAGCAUCGUGCCCUUUGAAGAAGAGGCAAGUUCAGUCACGACGAAGAAAAAUCAAGGCGUACCCCUUUUAACAAUAGGGAGCAGCUCGUGGCUGCAAAGAGAUGCACAGCUGCCAUUCCAUCUCACAGCAGGACUGUGUUUGCUGCUCCACAAGCUGCAGAGCAAGAGAAGCCAACUUGAGGAGCACGCAUAUUGUGAUACCCUCAGUGGUUUCUUUUACAAUGUGUUCUGCUCUGGCCACUGAAUUUUGUUUAUCUAACCAGCUGAACGGCUUCCCGAAGAGCUCUGAGUUUUCUAUGCCAGAUUCUGCUCCAGUGGCUAGGACCUUUAUGGCUGCUGUUUCUUUUGCUCUGGGAUCUGAUGGAGAAAAAAAAAAAAAGCCACGAUGGAUUCUGUCCCUAAAGUAGAAAUUUUCUUUUUCAUUCUGCAAACAAGGCUAAAGAUCGGAGGAGAAUGAAUGCAAAAGUAAUUCAGGAUUGUGGUCGUGCCAUUAAAAGUGUUCGGCUUCAGAACAAAAUUAUUUGGGAAAUCUGAGCAAUUCUUCUUACUGUAUCGACAGUAUUUGAAAGUUAUGUGUGCUUUGAGUAAUCUGGUUCAAGUGACAACAAUCUCUGCAUGUCAAUGUUUUCUGCAGCUUAUGGAGUGAAGGCUAGUUUUGCCAUUGGAAAGGAAGAAGCUGUUUCUAGCAGUCUGUAGAAGGAUUAAAUGUUGAACGUGGGGAAGAGGCAAAAAGUGAAUACACGCCCAAAGGUUAUCCUUGCAUCGUGAAUGGGUUUAAAGUAGUCUGUAACCUAGGGCCCACCUGAACAGUAGGAUACCGGGGAAAUAUUUCAAUUAGAACCCCCUUAACAAGCAUUUAAUCCUUCUUUCAGGCAUUAAGGAAAUAGAAUAAAACUGUUACUGUACAAAUCUGCUGGAAGCAGAUUUUAACCCAUUUGUAGACGCUUCCCUCGGAUGAAUUAUAGUAACAUAGUUACUUGUGAGACAAGGCAGUGAAGAUUUUUAUCCUGUGUUCUUUGUUUCUUCUUUUCAAAAGUUAAGGACCAUACUCUCAGAAAAGUCUGUUCGGUCAGCUGAUACAUUGUUCGAAUGUAUGUAUGCGUCUUGCCUGCUUAUUUGAUCUUUUCUGGCCCCUACUUGAAACUGUGGUUUGUUUAUUUGGGGGGAAGGAGGUGGUGUUGAUUUGGUGGGGGAAUGGGACAUUGGUUUUAGGGUUUCUUUUGGGUUUGGGGUUUUUUUCUAUUUAACAAUAGCAGUGAAAAUUUUGGUGACAGCGAUUAUGACUACUAAACAAUUCAGUUUAUUGGAAGACGAAUUCUUCUGGAUCAUAUCGGACUUUUCCUAGUCCCUGAGACCCUAACUUGUGAGGUUUUUUAGCAACAAUCACAAGUCAGGCUCUUGGGACCUAGGCGGAGGGGAACCAGCAGCUUUGGACUGUGUUUGUUUCUCUGCAGAAUUUAGAGAACCAAAGGAGCUUUCCUUGCCUGGAAGGGUAAAAAGGAAAAUAUACCUAUUUUAAAUGCUAAGCAUCAGAACUGUUCCUAAAAAAAAAGAAAAAAAAAAGAAAAAAAAUCCAAACAACUGUUACUCAUUGUGCAGCAUAAGGAUGUUACAUAUUUAUAUGUUUAGAAAACUGGACUAGAUGUCAUGUAACAUUUAGAAUUAUAAUUUAACCUGAAUGUUAGUUUGCACGUAAAAAUUCCCCCAAACAACAAAACCAAAAAAACUCCCACUCAAAACAGAUACUAAAAUACUUCCAACCAUAAUAUUAAUACUAUUAUUAUUAUUAUUAUUGUAGACAAUUCUGAUAAAUAAUUACCACAAAGUGUAUACUCAUCCUUACUGUUAAAGCAUUAAUUGACUUUUAAAAUAUAAAACAUAAAUACUGAUGUUUGAGGCCUAGAAAACAUUCAUUCUAUUGUUUGAAUAAUGAUUUCAGUCUACAGGAAAACUGUUGCUUAGCUUUUCCUGUAACAUGGAACAAAGAGUAUUUUGUAUUUAGUUGCCAUCCUUUUUCUUUGUCCAAGUGAGAACACAAUAUGUCAUUUAAAAUAUUCUCUCAUUUAAUUUACAUUUUAAUCUGAAAGAGAAUAUUGGUUUAAAAAUCACACUACAGUAUUAACAUCCCUUUACACUCAGAAAUGUAUUUCUUGUCCCUGCUCAAUUUAAAGCGAACCCACAAUACUCUAAGCACUGGACUCAACUUGUAAUUUCCCCAUCACUUCUUAUAUUUUUUAUCCCUCUGACAAAAAACAGUGUGAGCUGUAACUUGUCCCUCAUGUGUUAAGUUCUACACUGACUUUGCAUAAGGAGAUUCACAAGCACACGAGUUAUUCUGCACUGCUUAUUUGUCUCAAACAUCUGAUCUAAAACACGUCAUCUGAUUUGUAUUUCUUAAUAUUUUAUAGGUGAGUUAGUUCUGAGUCAUUUUUCUCUGUUUCCUGUGUCUAACCAAGAUGCUGAAGGACUUUGUUGAUACAUCAGACUUCACUGAAACAAAGGCUUCACACAGAUCAGGCAUCUAAACUAUUUGUUCAUUUCAAAAGUGGUAUUUUGGUUGCAGUAUAUUUUUUCCACUUGUGUAGGAGGAAUUGUGUUUUAUUGUAAGCAUCAACACUAUUGUUAAAAUAAAUUGUUCUUAUCUGUUAGUAUAAUA